AAUGAACCUUAGUUAUGAUUUAGCAACAGUCACAAAUCCUGUAGAUGAUGUUCCUCCUUUAGGAUUAUCAGUUUGUUAACAAGUCUAUUUAGAAUUAGCAAUGUUAGGAAUGAUAGUCAUUCCAUGGAUAAGUUUGAAAUUUUGAUAAUAAAUAAUAGCACUUUCCAUAACAACAUCUGCACUCUUAUGUUUACUAACUUACAUGAUGUUAAUAAUUCUAGUGAUCUACUUUUACAUAUUUUUUUUGGCACAAGGAAAAAGAGUAUUGGAAUUUUAUAUGGCAGGUAUAAUAAAUAAAAUAAUGAGGGUGAAUUCAUUUUUAAAAAGGAGAAUACAUAACUUUUGAUAUUGUCUACAAUAAUAACUUUUAUAUCUUUCUUUACUCUUACUAUAUUGUUUCUCUCUUAAUAAAACACAAGAAUCUAUAAAUCAUACUUUGAUGAAUCAAAUACUUCAUAUAUGGUUUUAUUUAUGACAUUAUUUGUAAUUGGUUUAGGAAUAUUGGAGGAAUAUUUUUGGAGAAGUAAUAAAGUUAAUUAAAGCAUUUAGAUUUUAUGAUAAAAACACUUCCAUCAGGAUGGAUUGUAGCAUUAUUUGUUGGUUUACAUUUUGCAUUACUUGUUAUGAUGAUAACAAGUUCAAUUGUAGAAUGGCAAUAUUGUGUUUUAUUGGGAGUAUUAUCAGUGGUUUGGCAUAUGGUAAUGGUUUAUGCAAGAAAAGUAAAUUUAGAUAAUAUUUAGUUACUUAAAUUUUCAUCAGUUUUAGUGUAUGGAAUAGCUGCAAGAUUUGGUAUCUACACUGCAUUUUAUAUAUUAUUUUUGAACAUUAAAUUGGGUUGA